AUGAGCUGCAAAUUCGAUUUUUCCGGCAAGAAAGUGCUAGUGACGGGUGCGAGCCAAGGACUUGGGAAAGAACUCUGUGUUACGCUGGCCGGCCUUGGCGCUAAAGUUUAUGCAUUGGCGAGGCGCGAGGAGCAGCUGAAGGAGUUGGCAGCUAAGCAUUCGGGGAUCACGGCGGUGGUUGGAGACGUGACCUCCAGUAAGGCGGACUUGGAGGCAACUUUAAAAGAGUACCAUCCUUUCGAUUUUCUGGUCAACAAUGCCGCGAUUGCCUUCGCCGCCUCCGCCCUCGACGCCACUGAACAGGAAAUUGACGACAUGUACCGAGUCAACUGCCGUGGUCCCAUAAUUAUCGCAGAAAUUGUCGUCCGAGAGAUGAUUGCGGCAAAGCUUCAGGGAGCCGUCGUGAACGUGUCCAGCCAGUCAGGGAUUCGCCCGCUGCACGAUCGCGUUGGAUACUGCAGUUCCAAGGCGGCCUUGGAUAUGGCGACUAGGUGCCAGGCACGAGAAUGGGGUGAACAUGGAAUUCGGGUGAACGCCGUCAACCCGACCGUCAUCGUGCUAGAGGAAGGACUUGGGCUAUGGUCCAACCCUGAGAAGGCGAAGUGGAUGCGCGAUCAAUUGCCGCUCAAGAAGUUUGCAGCCGGAAAAGACGUGAUCAACGCCAUCCUGUUCCUACUCUCCGAUGCGUCCGCCCUGACGACCGGACUAGCAUUCCCAGUCGAUGCCGGAUAUUCAACAAAU